AUGCACGGCAGCCCGUCCUCUUCGACCCCCCGGGGAACUCCUUCUCGUCGGGGGAAAUCUCCUCGAUUUUCCUCUGACAGCAGCCCCCAGCCCGGUUCGAGCACCCUCCCUACCGAACUCACAGCCAAACCUAUUGCGAGCUUCAUGACCUCUCUCGCUAUCCGUGUUCAAGGCACAGCACCGAUUGAAAGCGAUACUCAGAAGAAUUCUGUACCUGCCGACUCUUCUGAAGCCACUUCAACCGACUCGAAGCGAGCGCCACGAAAAUCGAAGACUGAUGCCCUUGCAGCACUAAAUAAUCAAGCAAGGGAAUCAUCAGUGGGCCCUGACGACAUGGAUGUGACUGAGAACCUUGCUGAGAAAUUCGCGAAUCAGGGUCCAAUUGCUGUUUCUCCGAUACUUGACUUAUCUACGGUCAAAACACCAGGACCACGACCUCCUAGAGAUGCCCCUCGGCCCCCACGACCAUUCGGCCUGACUGAUUGCCCAGAGUUCUAUCCUACUCCGGAGGAAUUCAGAGAUCCGAUGGCUUACAUCAAGUCCAUUUCUCCAGCAGCUGUGAACUACGGAAUAUGCAAGAUAGUUCCACCCGCAGACUGGAAGAUGCCGUUCGUCACGGAUACCGAGAAUUUUCGCUUCAAAACCCGCCUUCAGCGUCUGAAUAACAUUGAGGCGUCAUGUAGGGCUAAGCUCAAUUUUCUUGAGCAGUUAUACCAGUUUCACAAGCAACAAGGCAAUCCUCGUGUCGUGGUACCUACAAUCAACCACAAACCACUGGAUCUUUGGCUUUUAAGGAAGGAGGUGCAUAAAUUAGGAGGUUAUGAAGCUGUCAGCAAAGGCAAGAAAUGGUCCGAUCUAGGGCGCAUCUUAGGCUAUCGUGGCAUUCCAGGACUCUCUACCCAGAUCAAGAAUUCCUACACCCGUGUUAUCCUUCCCUUCGAACAUUUCUGCGAGCGGAACUCCCCUUCUGUGGCAACUGCGGCGCCACGUGACUCCCAACUGAAGACACAUCCGAACGCACAAUCUUCAGGAAAAUCUUCCCGACUGAGUGCAACCGUUACUUCGACCGAGGAUACGAGCCCCCCAGCAAGCCCAUUGACUGCAACAUCCAGCCCUCUUUCAGAGCCCCCUGAUGAACCGGAAUCCAAGGACGCGAACGGCAAGCCCAUAUCCAAACUACGCCGUAGUACUCGCAUGGGCUCCCAAGAACAAUCCCCGAAGAAACUCGUUCCCAGUGCAACGUUACCCUCACCUGUUCCUCCCCCCAUGUUUUACGACAAGCAAAAGUCGGAUAUGAAGAUAGGGACACCUGAGGUACGGAUCACUAAUCUUCAAGCUGUCAACAAACCAACACCAACAACUUAUCGGGAGCAGCAAAAUUGUGAAAUUUGCCAUAGGAAGAAUCGUGGUGAAGAGAUGCUCCUGUGUGACGGGUGCGAUUGUGGAUUCCAUAUGUUCUGUCUCGAUCCUCCUCUUGACACGAUUCCAAGGGAGCAGUGGUUUUGUUCAACUUGCCUCGCUGGCACGGGUGGCGAUUUCGGCUUUGAUGAGGGCGAAGAACAUAGCCUAUCGACGUUCCAGGCUCGCGAUCGAGAAUUUAGACGGGCGUACUUUGAAAGGCACCCACCUCUUGAUUCUGAUGAAUCGCUUGAAGAGGUCGAUUUCUUCAAAACACGGAUAGGAGAGGUCACUGUUUCGGAAAAGUUUGUGGAAGAAGAGUUCUGGCGUCUAGUUCAAUCCCCGCAUGAAACUGUGGAGGUUGAAUAUGGGGCAGAUAUCCACUCUACGACUCACGGAAGCGCAAUGCCGACAAUAGAAACACAUCCUCUGAACCCAUACUCGAAAGACUCUUGGAACCUUAACAUCAUUCCGAUUCUGCCAGAUUCUCUCCUUCGAUACAUUAAAUCGGAUAUAUCUGGCAUGACGGUACCGUGGACUUAUGUUGGUAUGGCGUUCUCCACAUUUUGUUGGCACAACGAGGAUCACUACACUUAUAGCAUCAACUAUAUGCACUGGGGAGAGACUAAGACUUGGUAUGGUGUUCCCGGUGCCGACGCAGAGAAAUUCGAAACGGCUAUUAAGGGAGAAGCGCCGGAUUUAUUCGAGGCUCAACCUGACCUCCUAUUCCAGCUUGUAACAUUAAUGAACCCUCAAAGAGUCACAGACGCUGGUGUACGAGUCUAUGCUUGCAAUCAGCGGGCAGGUGACUUGGUCAUCACAUUCCCCAAAGCCUACCAUGCUGGUUUCAAUCACGGGCUAAAUUUCAAUGAAGCUGUCAAUUUUGCCCUACCAGACUGGCUUCCGUUCGGACUCGACUGCGUGCAAAGAUACCGAGAGCACCGGAAGCUGCCUGUCUUUUCUCAUGACGAAUUGAUCCGCACAAUUACCGAGCAAUCGACAUCAACCAUGACUGCUACAUGGGUGAUCGACAGCUUGAAGGAGAUGACAGACCGAGAACUCGCUGAACGAGAAAAAGCGCGUGCCCUUGGACUGGGUGAAAUCCUGGAGGAAGAGGACCGCCCGGAGGAUCAAUACCAAUGCAGUAUCUGCAAGGUCUUUUGUUACUUGUCGCAAGUAACAUGCCAGUGCUCGACGAAGGUUGUUUGCAUUGAUCAUGCCGACCUGCUCUGUGACAACGGCACUCCACAACAUCUUACCCUCCGGAAACGUUUUUCAGAUGAUGAACUCUCAGGUACCUUAUACAGAUUUACCCAACGCUCUGCGAUUCCACGGCAUUGGCUCAACAAGUUGAUGAGAUUGCUCGCAGAGAGCGCACGUCCCCCUCUUCGCUCUCUUCGUGCCAUUCUCGCCGAAGCCGAUCGCCUUGCUUUCCCUCUUCCGGAGAUGAUCAGUCUUCGGAAGUGUGUUCGGCGUGCAAACGAAUGGGUCGAGGCUGCCAAUUCGUUUAUUAUUCGCAAGCAAAGUCGCAACCGCUCUCGGAAGCCGCCUGGCCGCCCUUCGACCAGUGAAUCGGCCAAUUUUUCGGACGGUCUAGGAGAUAGACCAGAUCGUGGUUUGGACGACCUUUAUGCCCUUCUCCGCGAAGUCGAAAACCUAGGAUUUGAUUGCCCCGAAAUUGGUGUUCUCACUAAUUUGGCUCAGCAGGCAGAGGAAGCCAAGGUCAAGGCGACUGCCCUUCUCAACACCGUGCCAUCAGAGGAGGAACGGGAGACCUUCUUGGGAGAUUGCAAGCGUUUACUCCUCGAGGGUUCGUCACUCAACGUUCUCCUCGACGAGCUUGUGGAGGUAGAGAAGAUUGUCGACCGGGAGCAGCUUGUCAGUGAACUCGAAGAGAAGUUGGAAGAUCCUGACAACACCAUUACCCUCGAAGAAGUCCGUCAAUUGCUCACUCGCGCUCGCCUUUGUAAUUUGUCAGCCGACAACAAGUACAUGCAAAUGCUUGAUGCCAGGCAGAGGGAAGGAGACGACUGGGAGACGCGUGCCCGCAAUAUCCUCGAACAGCCGAUCAAGACGAUUGAGGAAUUGGAUGAGUUCGCCGACAUCGAUGGGAACAUCCCAAUUGACCCAACCGUUCUUAGUCGCUUGAUGACAGCCCGUGCAAAGGCACUCGAUUUCCAGAAGCAGGCGAAGGCUUGGCUCGCCUGCGAAAACGGCGAAACCAAAGCCAGGAUACAAGACGUCCUUCGCCUUGCAAGUCGCGCUUCCAAGGAUUUCAGCAUCUAUUCCGUCCAGCUGCUCAAACGGAGCGCAGAUAUCGCUCAAGAUCUGGAAGGGAGAUGUGAUAACGUUCUCCGAAAUCGCCAUCCGAGCACUGAUGAAGACGUCUUCCAAGCAAUUGCGAAAUGGAGGGAGUACGCUCAAGAACAUUUGAAGGUGUUCGCUUUACCCAACUUCGAACAACUCGAGAAGCAGGUUGCGAAGCAUGAGAGAUGGCUCAAGGAUAUCCCAUGGUAUUGUGAGGAACAUGGGCAUACUCACAGCAAACCCAUCUUGGACGACGUUCUGGAGUGCACUCGUCCAGACGAUGAUCUGCCACCAAGCGACGAGUUUUUCACCUGCAUCUGUAAUACGUCGGUUCGACCGCCUCCGAACGGUGCACCAUCCGACGCAGUGCAGUGCGACCAUUGCUUUGCCAGGUUCCACGGCGAAUGCGCUAAGAAUGGCGGCUCGUGCCCUUUCUGCGAUCAUCAACACUGGAAUGGUUCAAUUCCCAAGCAGCGCAGCUUCCACUUCUGUUUCCUCCCUACCGUCCUCGCAAAUGCCCCAGAAAUUUCCAAGAACUAUUCUGACGACUACAAGAAGCUCGAGAUCAUCGUUCAUCGGGUAGAUCGACUAUCAGCGAUUAUUGGCCAAUUUUUAUCGUAUACAUCCAUUCCCGAGAAUCAACGACCGGAGUACAUCCCUCAAGUGCGGCACUAUAUGCGCAAAUUGUACAAGAUUCAGUUUGCUGUUUCGCCCAAUCCCGAUAUUUCUUUCGGAUUGGACCUCGCCGGUCUGCAUCGCAUUCUAGCUGGGCGUCCGCCUGCUACGAAGCCCAAGAAACGAAAGCGGCCUCGCUUCACCUUUGGUCAAGAUAUCGAUAAGGACUGGAAGGAUGGAACGAGGUGUAUAUGCAGAGGGAGAAUGAACUAUCUUAAUGGGUACCCGACUGUGGACUGCGAGAUUUGCAACAGGCAUUACCAUAGUGGGUGUGUUUUCUUCCCUGAGAAGGGCCACAUCCAGCCAACCCCUCGCUUUACUUGCCCGAUUUGCUGUCUGCGGAAGGGCAAGAGUUAUCAAUAUUCCGAUGUUCGAGUAAUCCCUGCAGAAAUCCUUACCGGCGAGAAAGCUGGCUUGGAUGUCUAUGUCAAUACGAAGGAAAUGCUAGAUACUUUCAGUAAAGUUGUCGUCUACAAGAAGCUACCGGCGCCUCAGACUCCCACCCUCUUCGUCGAGCUUGUGCAGUUCCAACCUGGUUCAGAUGGUACUACCUCGACGACGAGCGCACCUCCUCCACGGCCGGCCAACCAUCGAAUGUCGCAACCCGUCCACAACGGCAUCGGCCAAACUUUCUCGCACCACACUGUCUCGCAUGGGCCCAUCCAAAUGCACCAACCAGGUCCAACCAUGAGCACAUUUAGUGCAACACCUUCGGGAGGAGUUCCGCCACCGCCGCCGUGGUCGAGAUGGGGAACAAUGUCGACUCCUGCAAUGCCUCCUUCCACACAACGACGUGCUCCCAACGGCGAAGGCUCAAGAGCGAACGGUUCGUCUCAAUCGUCGGCGUCAGGGUCGAGGAAGAGAAAACAUACAGAGGAGGUGGAGGCGAUACCGCAAGCUCAAUCUCAGCCGCAACCGCAACCGCAACCGCAACCGCAGCCUCAACAUCAACAUCGUCCUCCUCCCCCUCCCCCCUCCAUGCAGGAGGAAGACUCUCGCAUGAACAAUACCUUUCCCUUAAAGCGCCACACAGGGCCUUCCCUGACACCGACACCAAUGUCGCCUCCAUCCCGGCCUGUGCAGACCCUUUCGCCAUCGUUGGCUAUGAUCGUCUCGCCAACAAACCAGGCGGUGCACACGUCGCCACGGAACGGUAAUCAGCUACCACCGCUAAGGAAUGGGCCUGGGGCUUCGCCGAUCCUGCCUUCGGUGAAGACACUGAUUUCUGGCGAGGCUCGUGGUCCUCUAUGA